AGCCGGAGCCACAACGCUGCCUCGACGGCUGCAUGCCAUCCAGGUGACCGUUCGUCCGGCUGCUCGAACCGCUGCGGUACCGCACCAGUAUGCGUACGGUGGUACUCGCGUGUUGACGGUGCUGUGAGUCCGACGGAUCGGUACUAGCCAGCGCGGUACUACCAGCUGCCUUCCAGCCUGCGCGAUCGUAGCCAUUAUCGUCGCAGACAUUAGUCUUUUUUCCUCUGUGUUUCUUUCUCUCUCCCUUUUUCUCUUUCUCUUCAUUGUCGUCGUCAGGGAGUUGAUCUAAUUCGUCUCGCGAGUGUUUCAUCUUUUCCACCGAACAAUCGACGUAUCAGCGGCUCGUAUCCCGGUGCCGGUGGUGUGCGCAUUUGUAGAUGAUUUCAUCGUAGUCGCUGGAAUCGCGCCCAUUGAGAUCCACUUUCUUGCGAGGAAGAGCGAGGAGACGUGGUGCUCGAAUACACCAGGUGAUUCGUUUCUGAGACGACUAAGUGUAUCAAUGGGGCGCGGUGCGUGUGUAAGGAUAAGUCACGGUUCAGAUAACGAGCGAGCGACAAAUGGACGUUCGAGAGAACAGUCGAACAGGAGAUCAUCGCGAUCAUCUCGGGCGUUGCACGCGUGAAUGUCUCGUUGAGACUGACGUUGCAAGUCUUUGGUUUUGUUUGUUCCGCGCCCGGACCUUAUAGCUGCGUCCCGUCUCCUUCGCGUUCGAGGAUCCGAACGAGACGGUUGACCGGCGAAGACUAGCCGGUUGUGGCAGGUCACGAAGAACAAGUCUCAAGAUGGUCUACAUUAUCCGGUCUUAUCGGUGAGAGGAAGAACCACGGGCCGCCGUGACUUGUACGAGCGACUUGACUAGAAGAGGCUCGAGAGAUCGGAGAAGAGAAAAAAUGGGACAAGCGUGGUGCAAGGAGAGGACCUGCAAGGCCCAGGACUCAAAAUCACCGUUGGACCGUGUAUUCGUGCGAUGCGCACAUCGGAUUUAUCCGAGUUUAAAGGAGGAAGGUUCGAUCUUAGGAGGCGCCACGCAGCGAGUUACGAGCUCCGAGAUAGGAUACGCCGGUUCACCGCCGAGGGAGGUGCUUACGAGGGGCCGGAGCAUAGACUCGGUGGACAGGCCCUUUCAUCCUAGCGACUGGGUAGAUGUUAAUUUAGAAGUACCCAGCCCGCCAAGAACAAGCUCCGUUCUUACGAAUUUAACCGCCGACACUAGUCCCUAUCCCGCCGCUACGUUCAGCUGUUCCAAUUUGAAGAAUAUCACCCCUGUGCCACCUCCGAGACGAAAGAAGACAAACAGGGGCAGACCAUUGCCACCGAAACCAGACGAGAUUCUUGAGGAUGUAACCACCAAUUUGAGACACGGCAACACGAGCGAGGAACCGUUACAUCUGUCGGUCAAGCCACUGAAAGAGAUCAGUGACGAUCAAAACGACGAUGUCGAGACGCAAGGACCGAGCAAAAUCAGCACGGAAGAUACGAAGCACGAGAGGCGGAAAGCGAGGGAGAUCUAUAAACACAAAGUUAACGGCACCGGAAGAAUAAUAUUCAGCGACAUGGUUUCCGGCAAACGUAUGCUCACUGACAAGAAAACUUGGAGGACUUCGGAGCCAGACUAUCAUCACGGAAAAGUUCAUGAAAACGAGGAAUAUGAAAGAUUCGCCAGGAGCGAAUUGAUGAAGGGCUCUUCGACUCCUAAUCGCCAGGAUAAACAAAAGUCGGAGGAGCUCGAGGAGCAGAUCGGGGACUCGUCGAGGGACGACGGAGCGGAAGCAAAUGCAAGGACGAAAAAUUACAGCACCGUUAGCUUGCCGAAUUACGACGAAUUGGACGUAUCUAGGCAUCCUGCGAAAAGUACGAAGGGCGAGAGAGGCUUGGAGGAGAAAAUGAAGCUAAAGAGACCCGUCAGAAGCAGCACCGGUUCGCUUCCGGCUGAAUCUUUUCUGUCGCCUUUCUCCGAGAAGACCAGCGUACGUCUCGAGGACUACAUACCGCGGCGCGGCAGUGUCGAGCAUCUGUCGCCAUAUCAGGUGCUGGGCAACCUGGGCUGCAGCAAAAACGAGGUCACCGACGGCGGUUUUAUAAAGUACGACCCAAGUAAAUUGGAAGAUUGGGACCUUAGCGACAUCAGUAAUUGCGAUUCGAAUCGGCAUUUCUCCGAUUCUGAGAAUUUGCCGCGAGUCGAAACACAUCACGACGAAUUCGCGGAGAGAGGACUCUCCAAGGGUGCGGAUGUUGUGGAUUAUUCGCAAAACGUCGAGACUGGGGAAGCUGAAACGAUCGGGGUCGGAGUUUCAUGCGUACGCCGAGAUACGACCUCGCCGUUGCAGAAGCCCGAAACUUUCGGCAUGGUACCGUCGCUCGAUUCUGCUAAAAAUCCCAGUGACUGGUUCGUUGAGCAAAGCAGCUCGUUAAAGUACUUUGAUCCACCCACGAUAUCGGUAGUUUCUCAAGGAUCACUAGCUUGCGAUUCGACGACAUCGGCGGUUCACAAGGAACCCUUUUAUCUGGACGAGGAACUUCACCGCUCAGCCUUGGAUACGAUUGGUGGCGGAUCCUGCAAGAACGGUGCUGUCAUCCGGGAAUUGGAUCGAUCCGAUCAAUCGAGGUUGAUCUUUGGCCGUAGCUUGUCGAAUGAGAGCGAGCCCUACGAUGAUCCAUACGAAUCGAAGGAAUUGUAUGUACAUUCUGACAUAACGAACAAGUUAAUCAGAACGAUAUCGGAGGAGUCGCUGCCGCAGGAGAUGGUGGAAGGGGUGGACGAGGAGGAGAUAGUCGACUUCUUCGACGAGAAGCUGGCCAAGGAUACGACCAAUAAAUUGAAAAAAAAUCAGGAUCAUCGUGUAAAGACGCCACCGCCGAGCCCUGAGCCAAAGAUCAAAGCUCAGAUCAUGGAAAACGAUCAUUCGACCCUGCUCAAGGUACCGAACGACGAGGCGGCUGAAGGGAGUAACUUGAGCUCGAUGACGCCGAGUCUCACCGAGCUGGAAGUGGCGCUCUCUGACAUGUUGGAAAAGGAAGAUCAACCCGAGGAAAUGAUAAAACGGCUGGAGAAUGCGGACGAUGACACUAAGCAGGCUCAGAGCCCCGUCGAGAAGCUUCUUGAGCCGGAGAUCGUGCCUGUGGAGAAGCGCAAUGCGAUCGACAAAACUGUGGUGAUGAAUCAGCAUCGCUCAGCGAGCGACGAUGACAUUCUAGUCGGUAGGACGUUCGAAUGUAAGACGGACCAACGACUGUCCGUGUCGUUGGAACAAAUCCUCGGUGAUACAAAGUCAACGCCGAAGAUGCGGAAGGUGUCGUUUUGUACCUGGGAUGACAAGUCCAUGAGAGAAAUCGAUCCGAAAGAUGGCGCGGAGUCCGAAGCGCUCGUGAGUGCACACUACACGACGAGUGCUGAUUUCAAGGAUUCUACCGCCAGAUCGGACCUCGAGUCAAGUUCGGAUUUGUUCCACAGCUUCACCGAGAAUAUCAAUACCACAAGCAAGGACAACGCGAGCUCGAGCGGAGAUGUUCCCGAGAAACCUGUGAGAUUGUUUCCAAAGUUAUCGGGAGACGUAACCGGAGAUUUCGAGCACGUUCCUACUCCACCACGACGGAGAAAUAGGAGUUUGGGUGUUACAAAGGAGCUUAUCAGGACUGUGGAAAGUUACCCCGAGGAUCUUGAUCCACAUCCCAACGACAGACUUAUUUAGUUACAUCAAGUCGUGAGAUUUUGUAAUCUUUCAUCCGCUAUUACGUGAUAAAUCACGAAGAAAACAUGAUUUCGGAUUAAAGUUGUAUUUCAUGUGAUUUUGGCAAGGUGUUUAAUCCACUAAUUCGUAAUUUCUACAGACAUACACACACACACACACACACACACACAC